UGAUGGCGAAAAAGAGCUGAGUAAAUUGUACAUAUUAUCACUAUUCUAUCGUUGGUUCUGUUUUUUCACAAUAACAUAUUGUAUAAGGAUUGGACAGUUGGGAACAGGAAAGGGUUUGUUGCCAACCCUUUGUUUCGUGGCCUUCCGUGACUGUUGAGUGGGUAGAAUUUGUUUAUCCGCGUGAAACGCGAGUGGCCAAACCAGGAAGGUCUCUUCUGCGCGCUCCUCGGGGUGCCAUUUUUCCUGGCAGAGAAUGCUAUUGGAUCUAUUGGGUGUUUGAUCUCCAUCACCAUUGCAUCUAUUGUUGGAUUUGUUGGUAUACCUCUUGUUGGCAUAGGAAAUAGGAAAGGAUAGGAAAGGUCUCUGAAGCCCAUGCCAAAAUCAGUUGAGCGCUAUUUUUUGCAGGCUAUGUUAGGCGAAAUCGCCUAUGAUCUGUUGCUUUUGGCUCCAGCGCACAUCAGAGUUCGCCAGCAAUUCUAGAAUCUUGUUUGCUUGAAAACUCAUGAAGUUUGCCUUGGCAAUGAUGCUCACAGCCUGUGCCGCACUGCGGGACUUGAAGGGUGAGGGUGAAAUGGUUUCGGCGAAGUCGGAGGCGAAGAUGCCCAAAGUCACCGAUCCUCCCAGUGGCACCGGGGGCACUUGGCCUUGUGUCGACCAGCCGGAAUACAGGGAGAUUUUGGAUGGGCUGUAUCCAUUGGUGAAGAAUUGCCUCUACGGCAUUGCAACCAACUCGGCAAGGUGCAUGAAAGCUGCCUUCACAGAAGCUCAUGGGCCAGAGAAGAUUGCUGAUGUAAACAUUUUCUAUGGGCACAUCGGAGACGCCGACGUGGGGUAUGCAGGGCAUGAAGACUGCAAAUUAACACUUGGGUGGGAAGUGCAAGAUCGCGACGAUAAGAAGUGGAAGGCGCUGAACAUCGAUUUCUUGGUCUACAAGAAGUGAAGAGUUUUGGUUGUUGCUGAGACCAGUUUACUUUGUUUCAUCUGCGAUGAAAGCGCUGAUGGCGAAAAAGAGCUGAGUA